AUGUAUGACCACACAAACCUAUUAAGCUGCAUGACGCUUGAUGUCGAGAACUGCCACGCUGCUGUACAUGUAAAGCAGGCAAACUUAUCCCAGGCAGAGUACUGCAAGUCAUUCGGAACUACUAUGAAAGAACCGGUAAAACGCGUAACCAACUGGGCAGCGUACUAUCACACGAGCAGGCGAUCAUGGUACCCCACUCCAGAGAGAGCCUUGUUGCUGUCCCAGGUUCCUGUGAUGAAUCCUCUUCCUAUCGUCAACAUGUGUCAAGCAGACUGUGAUUCACUUAGGGACUGGGCCGCCUCCUAUGGAGCUGCCGUAAGACAGCGAACUGUACGCCAAGAGACCACUAUGGCACGACACGGUACACUCCCUGAGUUUAUGUACCAGAGACAAUGUGAAAUCUUUGAGAACCCUGUCUCCAUUGCGUUUGACGUGCAGUCUGAUGAUACUUCAGACGAUUUCGCAGUAAACCAGGAAGAGGAGGGGGGCAAUUUUGAUGAAAGCAGCGAUGAAGAAGUUGAAGAAGAUUCCACGUUGCUCCAAGGGGAAAUUGGAAGUUCGGCGACAUUCUUAAUAGGUGCAAGAACUCGGUACGGAAGAGCUGUACGUUUUAACAAUCGUCUUCUCCACUGA